GUUUAACCAAAAAUGAAGUUACUAAUCCUGUUCUUAGCCGCAUUGGGCGCAGCCUCCGCACGAAUAAGGGGACACACUAUCAAAGGAUGACGAGGAUGUCCAAGUGAAUCACCAGCUAAAGCAAGGAUAUUAUGUAUAUCUAAGGAAAUCAAAUAAACUUGCAUGCUCUAAAAAC